GGUGGAGGAGACAGACCUGAGCAAGAUGGAAACAACUACCUUCUAACCAUGGGGAAUUUAGGGGAUCACAGACCUGAGGGAUUUGAACCAUCUACCUAGAAGUCAUGGGUAUUCGGUUUUGUAAGGAUGGCCAAUGUUGUGAAAUCAUAAUAGAAGAUGUUGAUGAAACCACUGUGUGGAGGGAAAAGGAUAAGAAAAAACCUCCACCUCCACCUCCUCCAAAACCAAAACCAAAACCAAAACCAAAACCAAAGAAGCCUCCUUCUGACCGUGUGCAGGCAGCUAUAAAGAUCCAGGCCUGGUGGCGGGGCACACUGCUGAGGAGGACACUGCUGCAUGCAGCACUGAGGGCAUGGAUCAUCCAGUGCUGGUGGAGGCACACGUUGGCCAGGCUGCUGGAGAAGAGGCGAAAGGCAGCGCUGGAGGUGUAUGCCUGGCAAACGUUGGCAUCUGUGAAGCUCCAGUCCUGGUUCCGAAUGUGGCGCAUCCACCAGCGAUACUGUCGUUUGCUCAAGGCUGUGCGCACCAUCCAGGUCUCUUGGCGCUGGCACAGUUGCCAUACCCGUGGCUUUUUCCAGGGCAUAUAUGAGCUUACAGGAAACCACCUACAACUUCAGCUUGAUAUUUUCCUGGGAUCUCAGGUUUGUCGCAUUACAGACUGCAUCCCAUUUCCAAUAAAGAACUAAA